UCACCACCAUUUUACACUUCCCAGAAAGAAAGAAAAAAUCCCCAAAUUUCGGAAGGAUAAGAGCCGGAAGUUCCUCGCCGGUGACGGAACUAGGGAUUUCAUUCGUCCCAAAUUGAACAAGAAAUGGCUCAUGCGUGCGUCUCCACAUCGGCUUCUUCUCUCAGGUUUACAGCUGGAUUCGUCUCCGCGAGUCCCAAUGGCUCCUCUUUCGAUUCUCCGAAGCUUUCUCUCCCUUUCGAGCCCCUCCGUUCAAGACUGGUUUGCAGGAAGACGAAGAAGUUAGUUAGCGACAGAAAGAAUUGGAAGAACUCAUCUCCGAAGGCUGUAUAUUCCGGAAAUCUCUGGACGCCGGAGAUUCCCUCUCCUCAGGGAGUUUGGUCCAUAAGAGAUGAUUUGCAAGUUCCUUCGUCGCCGUAUUUUCCUGCGUAUGCUCAAGGACAAGGACCGCCUCCUAUGGUGCAAGAGCGUUUCCAGAGUAUCAUAAGCCAGCUCUUCCAAUAUAGGAUUAUUCGCUGUGGUGGUGCUGUGGAUGAUGAUAUGGCAAACAUAAUUGUAGCUCAGCUUCUUUACCUCGAUGCUGUUGAUCCUACUAAGGAUAUUGUCAUGUAUGUGAAUUCUCCUGGUGGAUCAGUUACAGCUGGCAUGGCUAUCUUCGAUACUAUGAGGCACAUCCGACCUGAUGUGUCCACUGUUUGUGUCGGUCUAGCUGCUAGUAUGGGAGCUUUUCUGCUUAGUGCUGGAACCAAAGGAAAAAGAUACAGUCUACCAAACUCAAGGAUAAUGAUCCAUCAGCCGCUUGGUGGAGCUCAAGGUGGCCAGACCGACAUAGACAUUCAGGCAAAUGAAAUGCUGCAUCACAAGGCAAACCUAAACGGUUACCUCGCGUACCACACUGGUCAAAGCCUAGAAAAGAUAAACCAGGACACAGACCGUGAUUUCUUCAUGAGUGCCAAAGAAGCGAAAGAUUAUGGACUCAUCGACGGUGUCAUCAUGAACCCUCUUAAAGCCCUCCAGCCACUUGCAGCAGCUUAAUCGCCUGAAGGUAAUGGUUCAGCUUAGCACCCUUUCUUGGGCCUUUUAUGAUCUGAAAUUUUCCAUGAAAUGUACUUUUAUUGUAGAAGGAAAAUCAGAUUUGUUUGGGAUCAAAAUCAGUAGCUGAUACAUAUACAUGAAGAACAAAGUAAAGUUUCUAGCUCUGCUGUUUGAUUAAUAACAUUGACCUUUAAGCAAUGUUUUGAUACAUCUUGAAAAUUGAAUUCUUAGCCCAUU